UAUACUCUUCAUUUCCUCAUCGUAAUCAUCACUCUUUUCAUAUUCUCUAACCAAGCUUCAUUUACUCCUCCGCCGCCUUUGUUUUCUUUUUGUUUUUCCGUAAUGGGGAAGAUUAAGAUCGGAAUCAACGGAUUUGGAAGGAUCGGUCGUUUGGUUGCAAGAGUGGCUCUCCAAAGCGAAGAUGUUGAACUCGUUGCUGUUAACGAUCCUUUCAUCACCACUGAUUACAUGACCUACAUGUUUAAGUACGACAGUGUUCAUGGCCAAUGGAAACACAAUGAACUUAAGGUGAAGGACUCAAAGACCCUUCUUUUUGGUGAAAAGCCUGUCACUGUUUUUGGUAUCAGAAACCCUGAGGAAAUUCCAUGGGCUGAGGCUGGAGCUGAAUAUGUUGUUGAGUCUACCGGUGUUUUCACUGACAAGGAUAAAGCUGCUGCUCACUUGAAGGGUGGUGCAAAGAAGGUGAUCAUUUCUGCUCCCAGUAAGGAUGCCCCUAUGUUUGUUGUGGGUGUAAAUGAGAAGGAAUACAAGCCUGACCUGGACAUUGUAUCCAAUGCUAGCUGCACUACUAACUGCCUUGCUCCGUUGGCUAAGGUAAUUCAUGACAAAUUCGGUAUUGUUGAGGGUCUUAUGACCACUGUCCACUCGAUUACUGCUACCCAGAAGACUGUUGAUGGUCCAUCAAUGAAGGACUGGAGAGGUGGUAGAGCUGCUUCCUUCAAUAUCAUUCCCAGCAGCACUGGAGCUGCCAAGGCUGUUGGCAAAGUGUUGCCAGCAUUGAAUGGUAAGAUAACUGGAAUGGCUUUCCGUGUUCCCACUGUUGAUGUCUCUGUGGUUGACCUCACUGUGAGGCUUGAGAAGAAGGCUUCGUACGAAGAUAUAAAGGCUGCCAUCAAGGAGGCAUCUGAGACCACCAUGAAGGGAAUUCUUGGUUAUGCAGAUGAAGAUUUGGUCUCAACCGACUUUGUUGGAGACAGCAGGUCAAGCAUUUUUGAUGCCAAGGCUGGAAUUGCUUUGAAUGACAACUUUGCUAAACUUGUUGCGUGGUAUGACAAUGAGUGGGGUUACAGUUCUCGGGUGGUCGACUUGAUCCGACACAUGGCUUCAUGCUAAGUUAAUGUAGCUGUUAAAAGCCCCUUCCUUCAGCUUUGGCGAGCAAUUUAGAAGAGAUGCAUGAUGGCUGUUGGGCAUGCGAAUAAUAGAUUUGUGCGGAACAAUUUUCUUUUGGUGUGAACCCUAAUUUUGCAUGUUAAGUCCCUUUACGACGUAAUAAUAAUUGGAAGAUCAUUAAA